CAACUCUAUUUUUCUCUCUUCUUUUAUGAGUCUUUUUUUUCUCUUCUUUGAGAACUCUCUAGACUUGUUUGAAAUUUAUUUUACCCCCUUAAACAAUCCUCUCCUUAAACAUCCACUAUAUAUAUCUUCCUUCACUUCAUGCAUAUAUCCCUAGUCCCUACAUCACUAUUUUUACAACACACCUCUAUUCUCUCUUUUUUUUUUUUUUUGAUCAGCUCAGUUCAUUCAUUUCAUUGCCCUCAAGGGAUAAAAUACAAUUAUAGAACUACAAUUCCAAGAUAUUCAUAGGUUACUUACAUCCAUGCUACUACAUCUGAGAAGCGAGGGAUUCGAUUGAUUGAGAGAGCGUGGUUAACCUCUUCCAUACAAGAUCCUUGGAACACAUAGCUAAUCACUAAUCCUCUAUUGAGGGAGCUCUGUGAAUGGCUAAGACCUCUAUUCUCUCUUAGCCUCGUUAAUUAAGUUAACCCGACAUUCAAUAUAUAUAGUGUUUACGUACAAUACAGACCUAAAACUAAUAAAAGUCCCUUUUAUUCUUUUAUAUACAAUAUUACUCUAAUAUAUGUUAAGUCAAACCACUUACCUAACCACCUUAACAACCCUUUAAUCUAGAUCACAUAAGAUGGGUACCUUAAUCGGGCACGUCGGGCCGGGUUUCGGGUUCUUUAUAAUUGGAUUAUGGCACCUCUUUAACCAUCUUAAACUACUAGCUCUUAAAGGGCCUAACUAUAAGUCCCUCCCAUGGUUCCCUUCCAAUCUCCACCGUCUCCGCCGCCUCGAACUCUACCUUAUCAUGGUAGGCAGCUUGUUCUCCGUUGCCAUGGAGCUCUUCAUCGGCCCCGAACGCCACCAGCCAUUCGACACCGAUGGCAGCAUCCCUACGAACCACCUACACAACUUUGAGCACUCCUCCAUUUCCCUUACCUUCUUUGUGUAUGCUACCUUUGCACUAGCUAUUGAUAGGUGGUGCAACCGUAAUAUUCCUGCUCAAUACGACGUCGUUCAGUUCAUCGCAGCCCUUGCAUUUGGACAACAAUUACUACUCUUUCACCUCCAUUCAUCUGAUCAUAUGGGCGUUGAAGGGCAGUACCAUUGGCUUCUUCAGCUUGUUAUAUUCAUUUCUUUGUCUACUACUGUCCUUGGCAUCGCAUACUCAGAAAGCUUUGUGAUUGCGUUCACGAGGUCCUUAAGCAUACUAUUUCAAGGGGUGUGGCUAAUUGUGAUGGGGGUGGCAUUGUGGACCCCAGGGUUAAUUGCUAAAGGGUGUUUCAUGCACGAAGAAGAAGGUCAUAAAGUGGUUAGGUGUGAUGGAAAGGAGUCACUUCACCGUGCUAAGGCACUAGUUAACAUUCAAUUUAGUUGGUUCUUAAUAUUGUUAGCUGUUUUUGCAGCCUCAUUUUACAUGUUUAUGAUGACCAUUUAUGGGGAUAAAUAUAAUAAAGUGGAGUAUAGUCCUAUGGAUAGUUUGUCUGAUCAAGAGGAUGAUGUUGAAGCACAGAAGAUUGGUGGGAAAUCUAGUGAAAUGCAGUGUUUUGUGAGUGGGGCCGGGAAUAUAAAUAAUAAGGCGAUUGAUUAUAUGGAAAGGUAAAUUGAUCUGACAAUUGUGACGUUGGAAAGUUUAAGGGUACGAUAUGGAAAGUUCGUAAAGGUGUAGUAUCAAAGGAGAGAAAUAAACAAUAAAUGUAUUUAAAUAGUUUUUACGUGUGGAGUGGUUGAUAUUGAUUUUUUUCCUUCAUUUUUUAUAUUUUUCUUGUGAUCCCUACUGGAAUUUUCGGUUUAGUUAAUGGUCAAGCUUGCUCCUAAAAGUAAUUUCAAUUAAGUGAUAAUUAUUUGUAGGGUGUUAGCUUGAUUUAAUCGAGGAUUUUUGAAGGGGUGUGUACAGAAAGCUUAUUAACAAUUCAAGAUGUUCUUGUCAUUUUUUUCAUACAUUCACUUGCUUUGUAAUAUGUAUGCUUGUAUAUAUAGUUUGUAAUCUUAGACAAGCAAGUUUAGGAAAAAGGAGUUGGGUGGAUAUAUUGUAUAUCAUUGUGUGUACAAGAAUGUAUCUUGUGUACUUGGUUGGUAAUACUCAAAUUAUGGAAUAAAUUACUAUGAAAAACAACUUUGUUUUUCUA